UGCCAGUGAGCUCGGGUCAUUUGCAAAAGGCUUUAGUUCUCGCUGGUAUUAGAGCUCAAGCCUCCUGAUGGACCUAAAAGCCAUCAUAUUGUUGGUUGUGGUCUCCAACAGCCCCAGUUAUGUCCUAACAGCAAUUCAACAACGUCCAGAAGAUCAGGUGAUCAUGCAGCAGUUGGUUGAUAGCCGUGAUCUUCUAGAAAUGGAAGCGAGGAUUUGCAACACAAGGGUAAAUGUUGUGGAAGAAAAAUUGAGAGGCGUAACUGCACAGUUGAACCUAAGCAAAUCGAGUUGCGAAACUCGAAUCAAUGCGUUAAUCGAGAACGGAAAACUGCAAACCAAACUGUGUGAUUUCAGAGUCAACCUUGCGAGCCAAAACUGCAUCUAUGAUAACACAGGUGCCGUCAUGAGGAGAACAAAUGCUAGCAGUCGUGUUGCCGAGGGCGUUGCUGGAAAAUUACUGUCGCCCUUCCCAAGCUCCGAGUAUUUCUUCAGCACUGAGGAGUUGAACUGGUAUUCUGCUGCAAGGUUUUGCAAAUCAAAUGGCAUGGAAUUAGCUAGCAUUGAAACAGAGGCCGAAAAUAAUGCGAUUCUCCAAGUCAUUGGAAAACUGGUUGGAGAUUUUUGGCUCUCUGGCACAGAUCUGGGAUCAGAAGGGAAAUUUUACUGGGCUGGAACUGGAAUGGAUGUUGAGGGUUUCACGAAAUUCUUGCGUGGACAGCCAGAUAAUUAUAUCGGAGAGGAACACUGUCUCCAAUUCCAUAGACACCGGAUCACGAACAUUGGUUGGAAUGAUAAUAAGUGUGACGUGCAAUGCCGGUUUAUCUGCGAGAAAACAAAAAAUUAGCUUAAACCCAUAACACCGAAAAUUGUAGUGGCUUAUCAGCAUGUUAAAAUUAAACUAAAUUAAAAUUUCUCCGCAGUGAAUAAACACAAAAAACAAACCAGCAAAGUAAUAUCUAAAUGGAAUGACAAAAAUUCUCAUUCGUACGGUCAAUAAUGAUCAAUAUUUAAUAAAAAAUUGUUUAAAAA